GGCCGUGUUGCACGCAUUCCGUUCUUUGCCGACCACUCAGUUCCGCACCUCGGGAUACACGCCGCGAUUCUCACAUUAAAACCAACCGACCCCGAGUGACCCCAAAAGUGCACACCGAGCGGCCAACACGAAACGAAACGACUCGCUAACACAUUAUUAUAAUAACUUAAGACUAACCCGCUUUGCCAUAACACAUGUGAGCUUACUUCACUUAAUUUAUUAAUUAACGAGAAGAGGUGAAAACGUAGCCGACGAAGACGAACAGACAGUUUUAAAUGUAAAGGGGGCGAGGUGUGACCGACUACCGUCAGAAUGUCUGAGGGUGACGUGUCCCUGAUCCGUGACGAAGACGUACUGCGCCGUAUGUGGCAGCAGACGGAGGACUUUUCUCGCAAAAAGGAGAUCCGCGCGCACAUGUACCGCCUACGCGAGGAGCGCUUGCGCAACUUGCACUCGCCCGAGCCCUCGCCCCUCCCUAAAGGUGUAGCUCCGGCGAUGCACGUGGCGUCGUUCGCAGACCAGAGUUUCCAGGGACUCAAGAGCAAGGAGGUGCGCGACGCUGGCUCUCCGCCCAAGGAGUUCCGCGCAGAUCUCAAAGAGCUCUCGAACGCGGGAUGGAACGUCGAGUCGGAGAAUAAGACAACAGACGAUGGGCAUACGCAAAUCCGUGGCGUACAUGCUAGCGUCAAGGGCCACUUCGACAUGGCCGGCGGGCAAGGCCAGUUCGCAGCUGUUGAUAGCCACCGGCAGGCUGAGACCGUGCACCACGAUGACACCACUAGCCUGCACCGCCGCGAGGCCGCCUCCAACACGGCGGCCCAUGAGGAAGUCGUCCGCCGGUGUGACGAUGGAACACACACAAGCUCUACCGCCAGCUCCUCGUCCGCCACUUCCAAGUUUCAGCAAAUCUCCUCUACCACACACGAAGUGCCAUACUCGACCGAUGACUACGACCAGUCUCGUCGAGAAACUAGUAACCGCAACGAAUACAGACAAGUUACUAACACUAACGAUUACGAACAAAAUGUCAGUAAAAAUGAACUUGACAAUGGAGAACUAAUAUCCAGAAAAGUCGAUUACCCUGAUAGCAAUACCAAAAUUAUUGUUGAGACUAGAUGUCUUCCUGAUGGUUCCAGGGUGACGAGUACUCAGCGCGAGUUCCGUGCGCCAACGCAGAGCGCCCGAUCCGAACAACAUUCCACAAGGAGCGAGACUAAGUCUUACUUUGGUUCCUCGCGUCAUACCUCUGACAGAAGGGAGUCUUCUAAAGUUACUCAAAAAUACGACAAUUAUGACAUCGUAGACUCUCAGAGGAAGGCAGAUGACUAUGAUUUCAAAAGAAUUCAGGUAGAUAAUACAAAAAAUGAUUACUCACAAUCUCAAAAUGUUACUCAAACGACUGAAUCUAAACGGUUUGACACAAGAGAAAGCUCGUCUAAUGUGACACGAGAGACUAUCGACAACCGAAAUGUCGACAUCGAAGCAAUAAACAAGAAUAAUAUCAAUAUCGAACAAAAUGAAAACUCAAAACGCAACGAUUUUUCGGAGUCUCAGCGUACUAAUCAAUAUUACAAUAUUGACGUAAACGAGACUAGCCAGCGUCAGAAAAUGACGAAAAAUGACACUAAAAUGGAUGAACAAGUAUAUUCAAUGGAUAACAACAUUCGUAACACUCACACUACUAGCUCUGAUACUAAAUCUGAAAAUAUCGAUUGCUCAGAGAUGACAGCUGAAGUCAAUAAAUACACUCAACGCGAGAUCAAUGAUAUAAAUUAUAACAAGCGACGUGAUGAGAAAACAGGCAUUCAUGAUCAAAAAGUUGACGAUAUUGUAAAAAAGCAAACUAGUGACCAAUACCAAACAACAUACCAGACAGAUUAUACACAAAAAAAAAUAAGUAAUGACUGGAGUCCCACUCAUCAAGCGUGGGCUAGCACUCUUCGUGCCGAUAGUCCAUCCACAACACGCCCAAUCAGAGCGCAGUCUCCCGGAAGCAGGACUUAUCAAUCAAAUACAGCUUUCCAACGUAAUAGCGUGAGUCCCGAUAAAGCAUGCAAGAAGCCAUCGAGUCGCAGUGGAAGUCCAAAUAAAAUAGAUCAUAGUUCACCUUCGCGUAUUUUAAAUGAUAGAUUUUCGACCAUCAGCUCGAAUCAAUCCGUGUCUGAGGCGACGGCUUAUCGAUAUACUAGCCCAGAAAGGAAGUCACCACGGUCUCCAAACAGAAGUAAUAUCGAUAAAAAAACAGAUAAUUAUCGUCAGCGAGCAAGCCAGAGUCCCGAUAACUAUCCAUAUGAACAUAAGCCGCGCACUAGUCCUGAUAAAAAGUUAGGAUCUCCAGGCGGAGACGUAAGAGCCAAAUCUCCGUCGAGAACUUCUGAAGGUACUCCGCGACCCAGUCCUAGCCCUGAAAGAAAAGUUUUCUCUGGUUCCCCUCCUAUGCCUUCGUCUUAUCGAUCAACCAAUCCAGUUGAACAAGUUAAUGAUUGUGAGACAAGCCCCGAUAAAAAAUCAGGACCUCAGAAAUAUUCACAAAUUCCCACCUCCGGCUAUACCCCUAAUCAUCCCAACCUGUCUGCAACAAGACCUUCCGUCAGUCCUGACAGAAAACCUGGCUAUAUGAGGUCUACAGCUACCAGCAAAGCUCCUGGAAGUCCUGCUAAUGCCAGUUCUGACCGUAAGUCACCCACUAAACAUACACUACCUUCUCAAAGUCCAGAAAGAAAAUAUAAAGGCGAAACUACUCAUACGGAUGAUCAUUACACGUUUAUAGAUGAGGAAACCAAAAUGUACACACGCUCUAAAGAUACUACAGACUUCGGUCGCCCAGAGUCUCCCUCGCUGCGACCAUCAAUCAGAAAAGCAUCUCGAUCACCCUCUCCUCCGAAAGGACCGGUGACAUUUACGGAUGAUCAAACUACAAAAACCGAAAAUAUCGUAACAAACAUAGACACAAAAUUCAAUAGAACGGAUUAUACUAAAAUAAAUCGUUUUACGAAACCUGAUGACUCUCCGGUUAGAGAUUUGCCCAGAGAAGUGUCUCCUCCUAAAUAUGGAACUUACGAUAAGAAACGCCGCAGUGGGGAAAUAACUUCAAUUGCUACAGAAAACAAAUACGAUUACUUAACGCGACGUCAGAAAACAACCAAAACUGAAACGAGCUCACCAUCAUCGCCACCAAAGAACUCACCAAGAAACAGUGUAUCUCCUGUAAAGUCAUAUGACUCUCCAGGACAACCUUCACACUCUAAGUACGAUACCUAUGACAAGAAAGAUCGAAUUAAACAGUCCGAACAUGUAACUGUUAAUAAUAACGAUACAAAAGACGAAUAUGAUCAUUUAACUCGGCGCCAAGCAUCCACCAAACAGACGCCUGAAGUACCAACGUCGUCAACCAAGAAAACACCUCGAGAAAGUGUUUCCCCUGUGAAGUCUCCUACUAAAUAUGCCAAGUACAAGUACUCUACUGAUUUUAUUGCUACAGAAAUUGCAAGAGAAGAAACCAAUAAGUCAACUAAGCCAAAUCGUCCUCGCCAACUUGUUACUCCUUCUACUAGCCCCACUCGUAAGCACAAAGAUGAUGAAACGGCACCUUCUACAGGACAAAGUUCACCAACCACCUCAGUCAGCGGUUUUAUAUAUUUUAGUUCUCCAAAAACCGACACGACAUUAGUUACUGAUUUAGAUGAUACAGAAUGUCAAAUGACAACUCAGAAGUCUGAAGAAAUUAACAUAACCACUCAAAUUCAAAGACCAGACACACUCAAGAUUGAAAGAUCACCGUCGCCAUCUAAAAUGCCGUGUAGAUCACCGUCUCCUGAAAAAAAAAUGACGCCGACAAAAGAGGCUCUACCAAGAAAAAGCUCAUUGAAAAAGCCAUCAUCGGGUUCUAAUUUACAGUCACCAGUAGAAAAACCACCUUCUAGUUUCCGUGUCUCACCAACGGAUGAGAGCUACUAUGUCCCUGAACAUAAAAUUGUUAAGAAAGAUCGUCCAAAUGAAGCAGUUGACACGCCAGCGAAAACUAAACACCCAUUCGAAAGAAGAGAGACUUAUGAAGAGCGAUGUCUUAAGAUUCUUGGUGUAGUUGAUGAUAUUACUAAAACUGAUUCGAAGGAGAUUGAAUGUAAUCACGAGUCUCCUGAUCAAUUACCACGUCCUAGUCUAGAGCCUAAAGAUAACACCAUAUUGACAAGCCGUGUAACACAGAAAGAAGCGAUGAAAGUGAAUGUUGCAGACUUUAUUAACCACGAAAAAUCUAAGAUUGCAACGAAUUCUACUUCUACCCUUCGUGAAGAUAUUUAUAGAGAUCAUAAAUCAAAAACUCCGUCUCGUGACAGUUCUCCAACGAAACUUCAGGAUAUUAUAUCACAUAACAACAUUAUAUCAUAUGAUAAAAAAACCGAUAGUGAGAGUCAAGGCAAAAAUAAAAUAUGUGAAAGCCCUGAUAGAGAUAUUGGUUACGAAAAACAUGAUACUCUUCGACGAUCACUUAGUCCCAAAAAGAAAAUACCUGAAAGUCCAAAAAAUUUGAAACCUACGGGAAUGUUUCAAAACCUAGAUCAAAACGUGUUUCAGGACAAGUUACCAAAAAAAUCUUCUCCCUCCAGAUCUUCUGUUAGCCCUGAUAGAAAACCUAGUUAUAUGAAGGCAACGACUGCAUCGUCAACGAAGUUUGAGUCCACGGACAAACAGGAAGGCGUUACUACUAAAAUUACACGAUCGAGUUUAGACAGAGAAACUGGGUAUCAAAAUACAAAAGAUCAUCCAAGCCCUAGACCGGAAAAUCAACGAUCUAGUUCACCAUCUAAGAAUAAGGACGAAACUUUCCCGAAAGUACAUAUCAGCCCAGAAAGGAAAUAUUCGGCCAGAGACAGUCCUGAAAAGACACCAGAGAAUAAAACUCCUUCAAGGAUAGCUAUGAGUCCUGACAGAAAACUUGGAGAUAUAAAACACACUGCUUCAAGUAUCACUAAGUACGAAGAAAUGUAUAGUAUGGAGACAAAAUCGGCAGAUUCAACUCUGAAAGUAGACGAAAAAAUACGAAAUUCUGUCGCUUUGUCUACUAAAAAAACAGAUCAUCCAGGAAAGAAAUCCGAAGCAUCUAAAAAUUCUCGUACGCCAUCUCCAAAUAAAAAGAUUACUAAAUCUGUUGAAGAGAUUACACAGUUCAUACAAUCUGAAAGGGAGCAAGAAAUUUUAGAUAAGGUACAAAGAUCACUAAGAAAACUCUCCCCAAAUCGUGAUCAACAAUCCCCAACUCGAGAUCAACAAUCCCCAACUCGAAAUCAACAAUCCCCAAGUCGAAAUCAACAAUCCCCAACUCGAGAGAAGAGUCCAGGCAAAACAAAAAUCAGUCUGGAAGAUCUCGAUGUUAAUUGUACUACUGCGGAAAAAUCCAUUAUAGAGCAAAAGAAACAAAACUUGACAAAAAAUGAUGAAAUAACGACACAUACAACAAAAGUACACAUUGGCAAACCACAAGAUCAAAAACCAAUCAGCAAAAUUGCUACACGAACGGUGUCGCCAGCUAAAAAACCUACUGCAAGUUCUUCAACUAAACCUGAAAAAAGUUUUACUUCAAGGAACCCUGAAAAUCCGAAUAUGUCUAGAAGUAUUUCACCUAAAAAGCCUGUCUCGCCAACGGGCGGCUCACAGUCACCGCAAGUUUCAAAGCCAUCUAGUAUUAAACCUCGGGAUCCAACUCCAACCAGCUUUACAAGAAAACCAAGUUCGGGAAACAUGUCACCUACAAAAACAGAAAAAAUUACCACUGAUUUGAAAAAGGUAACUAAACAGAACAGUUUCACUUCAAUGACCAAUUCCACAACCUCCAAGAAUUCAGCUUCUCAUAAAGUCGAAUCAGAACCCAAAUGUAGCCCUGCCUCAAAGGGUAUUAAUAAAGAAAAUGUCAGCCCCAAAAAGGAAGACAUUAAAGUCAUUCGUGCAGCAAGUGACAUUUCUCUCAAAACUAAAAAAGCUUCCCCGCAGAAAGUAAAAUCAAAACCAGAGAUACAAGUCAAUGACGUAUCUUCGUCGAAAUAUUCUAAAUCUACAAUUACAUCUACCAUAAAUACAACCACUACGAGUAAGAAAUCAUCAGUUAAGCAACCCCAAGUUAAAUUAGCUCCUAAACCAAAAUCUGCGACAGCCUUAAAUACAUCUACGGAUGAGGACGAUAUUAUUAUUGAUGUUGAGCAAGCCAAAUCAUCUAGGGAAAAUUCACCUGAUAGAAUUUGUCCAACGCCGAUCGAUUUCAUAGAAGAUGUUGGUACCCCGAGAUUCCCCGACGAAGUAAGUGAACCAGACGAUGAAUUCCGCAAAAGAACACAUCACACCAUCCACGAGACAGAAUCGAUAGUGGAUGAUAUUGUAGAGAUUUGCGAAGAUGAUGAACUGUUUGUAAAAUGCUCAGAUGUUGACCGAAUCGCGGAUUCCGAAGACCGUCUCCUUAGUGUCACUGACAAAGUGUCAAAGUUCACAAAUAAAAUCGGAAGCAUCCCAAAAUCUAAAGAAUCUACUGCGCAAUUAGAGAGUCUAGUUCAUUCCGACUUCGUUGACGAAAAUUUGAAGUCAGAUGAAUGUUUGCUUUCUGUUACCGAAAAAGUACAUAGGUUUGCAACAGGUCCAAGGGACACUAAGGAUCACAGCCCGGCACGAAAGAUUACCGAUGAAUACGAUACGGAAACCAUUUAUCAGGAUGAUUACACAAAGCUAAGCGUAAAUGACAAGGCACAUUUAUUUGUUGAAACAGCUGAGAAUGUGAAUGCUCCUAAACUAAAGCCAGCUCAAAAGGCUAAGCGACCCGAUAUCAGUAACGUUGAUGAAUCUCUUAAGAGUGACGACUGCCUUCUUAGCGUGUCAGCUAAAGUGAAUAAAUUUGUUAAAUCUGCUGAACAAUUUUUGAAUGAAACGACGGAAUCUAAAGAAAAAGACCAAAAAAUUAAAGAAGAAUAUGAGAAAAUUAUGAAGCAUAUUACAAACGAAGAAGAAGAUGCACAUACCACAAAGAUAAUUCAAACAGAAAAGUCCAAUGUCGAAGACAAGAAAUUUUCUGAAGAUAAAACUCCUUCGUUUGCUAGGGAAACUACUUCAUCUCAUACAAAAAUAAAGGACUAUCCUAACCCAAAUCUAAAGACCUCUGAAAAAAAUCCUCUUGUUAAGAUAACCUUGCGCAGUAGCGAAGCUGUUAAAAAAGCUAAAGCUCUGUUUGAAAAUAUUGCAUCGUCUCAGAAAACCACCGAUAUAAAAACGACUAAAUUGACGGACAUUGGUAUAAAUAAGUCUCCAAAAACUGAUUCCACAACAGCCCUGCACCCUUCUAUAGAAGCUUCACCAAACGUAACAGAUAUUGAUAGUGAAGUGGACACCCCGCAUACUCCAAGCUACUCCGAGCGUGUCCCACCUGGUUCACACAAUCGGCCGCAUCAACCAAACAGAUUUGAUGACAAUGUGCGUGGCACCACCAAUCGACAGUCAAGUCAGUCCCCUGAAAUACCAAGAGGUAAAUCUCCUGUGCAUCGCACUUCAGAAAGUAAGACGGUUUUAUCAAGGUAUUCUAUUGGACAAAAUGAGUCAACGAAACAUAUACGACCUGAUGUAGUCAAGCAGCAUAAUCACCCUGAAGCAGAAAAAAGUAAAGUUCCGAGCUAUCAAAGACCAACCAAAACUAGUCAAGUCAAAGAAGUGAAUGUCGUUGAAGAAACCGAAGUGAGUAGUCGCCGCGGUAGUGGAAAAUUUGGCGUAGAGCUGCGCAGGACAAGUGUGGAGAAAGUGACGAUGAGCGCCGAGAGACGACGAAGCAGCACAGAACACCCCUGUAUCGAAGAUAUCUUCGACCUGGACCUCCUGGAACAAAUGUUGGAAAAGGUCGUGGGCUACGAGCAGAGACGUCGUAUUCGCGCGCAAAUUCGGAUUGCCAAAAAGAAUAUAGAGAACGAAAAAUUUGACACUUACACGAAAACUAAAUCAUCUGUUAUAACAAAAAUAAGAUCCCCGGAUAGAAAAACACAGAAUAAAUCACCGGAAAGACAGAAACCGUCUCUACAGAGAACACUUUCGCCGGAACGGCUACAUAAGUCAACUCCGGUAAGGAUUGUUUCCAAUGAACACACUCAGAUUAAAGACGAAACCAGGCAACUAUUGAAUGGUCACACGAAGGAAUCUAACACAAUCUUUGUCAAACGGUGCCGGCCACAGAGUCCCGAAAAAUCAAAAUCGACACCCAAAACUAAAUCUCCUACUCGCCAACCAAGUCCUGACAAAAAAGCUCGGAGUUCACCCAACAAAAGUACCGGUAAACCAAAACCGAAUAGAUUUAGCGAGUAUGCCUCGGCUUACAUGAAAAAAGUUGGACUUACUGAAACGGAAAAAUUGAAGUUUGCGGAUAAAAGUAAGAAAUCGGAUUUACUAGACUCUUCCAAAGCAAAAACCACAGAGACUGAGGAUUAUGUUUCUUCAGACCACGUUGAAGAGCACAAAGCACUGGAAACUAAAACGAUGUCAAUGUCGAAGAGUUACUCUGAAAGAACGUCAUCAAAGGAUAGGAUCGAGAUUGUGCAAAUGAAUGGUAAAAGAUCUCAGUCACCUGAGAAGAAACGUCCUAGCCAAUACAGUCCUUCAGAAAGGUUGUAUCAAAGAUCACCAAGUCCUGAUUUCAAGCGAACGAAAUCAGAUAAGGCAGAAAGUGUUACAAGGACAGUGUACAAUAAAGAACCGCAUAAAAGUACAAAACUUGAAACCGUAAUCAAGUCGGUUAGUGACGGAUCUAAAACGGAGACUAAUAAAAAACAGACUAUAGUAAAAACUGUAAAUGAUAUUGAAAAGAAAACACCUGGAAAGCAAAUUCAAGACGAAAAACCGUCGUGGAUGACGAACAGGAACUUGAAGAAGAUAAGCUCGGAAACGCGUACGUUCGGCAGCAAGAAGGCGGAAGCGGAGAAGCUAAAAUACCGCGCGGCGAGCCCGACAAAAGUGCUAGCGCGAACGGCACCUACACCCACCGACGUGAUCACGUCCAGCUACGGGCCCGGUCCGCUAGAUGCCGACGGACGACCGCUCUUUGGGAUCAAGGCGCUCAGAAAUGGAGCUUCAAAUUAUCAAGUGAAAGGCACAGUGGUCCGGUCCGAGUACCACUCUCGCAAUGGUGGUGAACCCGAGGGGUCGAUGUCGGUGACGGCGUACUCCACAAAGCCAGAGGACCUGGAGCGGCUGUUGCAGGCGCAGAGUGACCGACCAUCGCGCAUCCACGGACUUGCAGCUAUCACCACCACUAAGAAGUUUGGAGGAGACAGUGGAACUACGCUCAGAGAAGUUCGUACGAAGGAGGAGAGAGCGGCGCUUGACCACUUCACGCACAGUGACAGAAAAGUCACCGACAGAAUUGACGUGGAAACCUUCGAUAAAGAGCGGACGCCGGAGAGGACUAUCGAAAUGCGGGACGACGUGAAGGGUGCGGGGAAGGGCCGCGAGGACCGGCGGGGCGACAGGAAAACUGUGCGGCAGAGCUCCGUCAAGUCGCUGACGGAGAAAUACAUCAAGAGUGCUAGCGACACGUCCCGGAACGAGCGUAGUGCGUACCCGAAGGCAGGCCUGAUCCUGCGCACUGCCACCAUGAAGGACAGCCUUUCCAGCGACUCCUCCGCGCACGCCGGUCUCGGUCGAACGGACAGUGAGCACAGUCUGGGCUCAACGGAGGAAACCACAUCGGUGACACGCACCACGCAACUGGGAGAUCCUCAAACCACAACAACUACCACCUCUCGGCACCAGUCGCACCAGCAACAAAGCGAUCACCAAACUACAACCACCACCAGCAGCUCUCGGCACCAUGUGCAGCAGCAAUACACACCUGCGCAACGCGCUGAGCGAUCUUUCCUCGACAGCUCCACGAAGGUCACUGGGGUCCAAGACAUCCUUACUAGGAUGAAGAAUGCUGACAUCGUGAUAAACGAAGGCGACAGUUGCGAGGACGCGGAAGCGCGCGCGCUGCUCAACAAGUUUCUCGGCGCCACCGUGCUGAUGGCCGGCAUGCAGGGCUACGUCACCGAGAAGCCUUCCGGAAAACUCCUAAUCAAACAGGAGACAGUACGCAGCAGCAGCAGCGGCGGUACCAAGACAACCACAACCACCACCUCAACUAAGCGCAUCGAGGAUAUUGACCUCGACCAUUGCUGGGACGAGCAAGUCCUCAGGAAGCUCUUGGAGGAGAGCACCGACUACGAGCAGCGACGACGCCUGCGAGCGCGCAUCCGUACACUCAUGGCUGAACAGGAAGCAUGCGCGAGCGCCGUGACGGCGGCCCUAGGCGCGGCGGACGACACGACGGCGGACACCGGCGACGUCGACUCCCGCGGUGAGUCCCUCCUCCUCCCGCUGCUACAGGGCCUACUGGGCGGCGGCGGCGAGCGGCUGCUGGCUGGACUCGGCGCCGCCGGUGCCGACGUGGUGGCGGACGUUCGCCGCUCGUUAGGCAGGUUGCGCGCCGCGCUAGCGCCGCCCACGCAGCACCCGCAGGCUCGGGCGUUGCUGGCGCUAGCGGAUCGCCUAGAGGACGCGUUGGACGCGGCCGACCGCCUCGACGGCUGCAAGCGACGUCCGCGCCGCCGAAGCCGCGCCAGCCGCCACACCGUCGGCGUGACGCACGAGGAGCUCGAGGAGGCGCGCCGCCUCGUGGACCGCGACCAGCUGGCGCUGGGCGCCGAGCGCCGCCCGCGCGAGGACGCCGCGGCCUCCUCCGAGUCGGCGCCGGCGUCCAGCGCGCCCAGCGGCGAGCCCACGCCCGACCGGCGGCUCAGCGCCGACGACGACGGCUUCCCGCGCGAGGCGGCGGCGCGGCCGAAGCGCGGCCACGAGGCGCUGGCGGUGGAAAGGCGCGCGCCGGCGCCGCGCAGGCCCGACUUCUUCCGGCACUCGAUCGCCGACGCGCCGCCGCCGAACGACGCGCCGCCGCGCGCGGACCGCCGCCCCUCCGAAGGCAAAGGCGGCAUCGCCGCGAUAGCGAACAAGUUCAACGCCCAGAUCCAGAAAGACACGGCCCCGCCACCGACGCGGCGCGCCCCCGCGGUCCCCCCGCCGGCCGCAGCGGCCCCGACGUUCGCCUCGAGACCCGUACCGGGCGAGGAGCGAAGGAGGGCGCCGCUGUACAAGCCGCCACCGCCGACCUACAACUUCGCGGCGCCCCCGCCCCUCGAGGACUUCGCGAAACCGGUGAACAGAUUCGGCGGCAACAGGCGCCUCCGCAUGAAACGCGCGAACACGAUCGACAUAGGAAGGCCGCUCGCCGGCUACAGGAUGGACAGCGACACCGACGAGGAGAACGGGCCGAGACUCGCGCCCCCGGUCCCGGCGUUCGAGCCGCGUACCGAGAACGACAGGAAGUUCGUCGCCUUCAUGAAGAAGAACGAGGCGAACGGCGUCGUCAACGGCCACGCCAACUGGAGCAAUCGGUUCGGGAACAUAAAGAACGCGUUCGAGAGCCGCGAGCGCGAGGAGCGCAGCCCGUCCGGCGGCCCCGGC